UUGUAUCAGUUCUGUCUAUGCAUUUUGUUGGCCUGGACCCUUGUUCACAGACUGACUUCCCAACUUGGUUUUGGAUCUGCCUGGUCAUGAUGAACCUUCCUGAUGAUCUUCAUCAGAUCUGCUUUUGAUCAAAAUCUGAAAAAUGAUCCUCCUUUUCAACUCAAGCUUCCACCCAAAGCAGCUAGACCCGAAAAAGAAAUUGACCCAGAAUAUGAAGAGAAGAUGAAAGCUGAUCGAGCAAAAAGAUUUGAGUUCCUGCUGAAACAGACGGAACUUUUUGCGCAUUUUAUUCAGCCAGCAGCACAGAAAUCGCCAACAUCUCCACUGAAAGUCAAACUGGGACGGCCACGGAUAAAGAAGGAUGAAAAACAGAGUUUAAUUUCAGCUGGGGAUUAUCGUCACAGGCGCACAGAACAAGAAGAAGAUGAAGAAUUGUUGUCCGAGAGUCGAAAAACGUCUAAUGUGUGUAUUCGAUUUGAGGAAUCUCCUUCAUAUGUGAAAACAGGAACAUUAAGAGAUUAUCAGGUUAGAGGGCUGAACUGGAUGAUCUCGUUGUAUGAAAAUGGUGUUAAUGGCAUUCUGGCAGAUGAAAUGGGUCUUGGUAAGACUCUGCAAACGAUAGCGUUAUUAGGCUAUCUGAAGCAUUACAGAAACAUUCCUGGGCCACACAUGGUUCUGGUUCCAAAGUCAACUUUGCACAACUGGAUGAAUGAAUUUAAACGCUGGGUUCCAUCAUUACGUGCUGUUUGUCUUAUUGGAGAUAAAGAUGCCAGAGCAGCUUUUAUCCGUGAUGUUAUGAUGCCUGGGGAAUGGGAUGUUUGUGUUACAUCGUAUGAAAUGGUCAUUAAGGAGAAAUCUGUCUUCAAAAAAUUUAACUGGAGAUACCUGGUAAUAGAUGAAGCUCACAGAAUAAAGAAUGAGAAGUCCAAGCUGUCAGAAAUUGUGCGGGAGUUCAAGACAACGAAUCGAUUGCUGCUUACAGGAACUCCUUUACAGAAUAACCUCCAUGAGCUGUGGGCAUUACUCAAUUUUCUUUUGCCUGAUGUCUUCAAUUCUGCAGACGAUUUUGACUCAUGGUUUGACACUAAAAAUUGCCUCGGUGAUCAGAAACUUGUAGAAAGACUUCAUGCGGUUUUGAAGCCAUUUCUCUUGCGUCGCAUAAAAGGUGAAGUAGAAAAAAGUCUGCCUCCUAAGAAAGAAGUAAAAAUUUAUCUUGGACUUAGCAAAAUGCAGAGGGAAUGGUAUACCAGGAUUCUGAUGAAAGAUAUUGAUAUCCUAAAUUCAGCUGGGAAAAUGGAUAAGAUGCGUCUGCUGAAUAUUCUGAUGCAGUUGCGAAAAUGCUGCAACCACCCCUACUUAUUUGAUGGAGCUGAGCCUGGCCCUCCUUAUACCACUGACACACAUCUCAUCACUAACAGUGGUAAAAUGUUAGUUCUGGAUAAACUGCUAGCAAAACUCAGAGAACAGGGUUCCAGAGUUCUACUUUUUAGUCAGAUGACUCGCUUAUUGGAUAUUUUGGAAGAUUAUUGCAUGUGGCGUGGAUAUGAGUACUGCCGACUAGAUGGACAGACACCACACGAAGAGAGAGAGGAAGCAAUAGAUACCUUUAAUGCUCCCAACAGCAGUAAAUUCAUUUUCAUGCUUAGUACCAGAGCUGGAGGUCUAGGAAUUAAUUUGGCAACAGCUGAUGUGGUUAUUCUCUACGAUUCAGACUGGAAUCCUCAAGUAGACCUGCAAGCCAUGGAUCGUGCGCAUCGUAUUGGUCAAAAGAAACCAGUACGGGUGUUUCGACUAAUCACUGAUAAUACUGUUGAAGAGAGGAUUGUAGAAAGAGCUGAAAUAAAACUGAGACUGGACUCUAUAGUUAUACAACAAGGAAGGCUUAUUGACCAACAGUCUAACAAACUGGCAAAGGAUGAGAUGUUGCAAAUGAUCCGUCAUGGAGCCACACACGUCUUUGCUUCUAAAGACAGUGAGUUGACAGAAGAAGAUAUAACUACUAUUUUGGAAAGAGGUGAAAAGAAGACAGCUGAAAUGAAUGAACGAUUGCAAAAAAUGGGGGAGAGCUCUCUAAGAAAUUUCACUAUGGACACAGAGAUGAGCUUAUAUAACUUUGAAGGUGAAGAUUAUAGAGAAAAACAAAAGCUGAGCAUGAUGGAAUGGAUAGAGCCUCCAAAACGAGAACGCAAAGCUAAUUAUGCAGUGGAUGCUUAUUUUAGAGAAGCUCUGCGUGUUAGUGAGCCAAAAAUUCCCAAGGCUCCACGACCUCCAAAACAACCAAAUAUUCAGGAUUUCCAGUUUUUUCCCCCACGAUUAUUUGAACUUCUGGAAAAAGAAAUUCUGUAUUAUCGUAAAACUAUAGGAUAUAAGGUUCCCAGGAAUCCUGACCUCCCAAAUGCAGCUCAAGUGCAAAAAGAAGAGCAAAAGAAGAUUGAUGAAUCUAUGCCUCUGAAUCCUGAAGAAACCGAAGAGAAAGAAAAACUUCUGACACAGGGUUUUACAAACUGGAACAAAAGAGAUUUUAAUCAGUUUAUUAAAGCUAAUGAGAAAUAUGGGCGUGAUGAUAUAGACAAUAUUGCCCGUGAAGUUGAGGGCAAGUCACCUGAGGAAGUCAUUGAGUAUUCAGCUGUUUUCUGGGAACGUUGUAAUGAACUGCAGGACAUUGAGAGGAUUAUGGCGCAAAUUGAACGAGGAGAAGCAAGAAUUCAACGGAGGAUCAGUAUCAAAAAAGCCCUUGAUGCCAAAAUUGCAAGGUAUAAAGCACCUUUCCAUCAGCUGCGUAUUCAGUAUGGAACAAACAAAGGCAAGAAUUACACAGAAGAGGAAGACAGAUUUUUGAUAUGCAUGCUACACAAGAUGGGCUUUGACAAAGAAAAUGUGUACGAGGAGCUAAGGCAGUGUGUGCGCAACGCACCGCAGUUCAGAUUUGACUGGUUUAUCAAAUCUAGAACUGCAAUGGAGUUUCAGAGACGCUGCAAUACACUCAUAUCAUUAAUUGAAAAAGAAAAUAUGGAAAUUGAAGAAAAGGAAAGGGCUGAGAAGAAGAAGAGAGGAGCGAAAGUUCCAGCAUCACAGAAGAGAAAAGCAGAUUUGGCCGCUGAGAACUCUGGAAAAAAAGAUGCUAAGAAAGUGAAGUCAUGAACGCGAAAACUGAAUGCCAGAUAUAAAUACUGCCACUUCUGUCCAUCUACAAGUAUUAAUUGCCAACUUCUUUGUAUUCAUGGUACUCUCCCCAAAAUCCCAUGGUCAAUUUUGCAAGUUUUGUAUAUUUUAAAAUGGCUUUGUUUACUUAAUGUGUGGCUUUAUAUUUUCUGCAUUCCAGUAUUUGUGUACUGUAUUUUGUGAAUUUCAUGUCUUCAGCAAAAUUCACUCAGUCCUUCUUUUUUUUGAAGCUUGUGCUGAGGUUUUAGCUUUUAUAUCUUUUAUAUGCUGCUGCUUUGAAAGAAAAUCUAGAUUCUAUAGCUGUAUUAUUGUUGUUUCGUAUUUUAAAUUUAUAUGGCUGUGGGAAAAUAAAUUGAAUUAAAAUUAUUUGAGGAGAAAAAUAUUUCAACUUUGUUUCCCUCUUCCCCUCUGCUCCAUUUUCUGUGUAGCUUUGCUUUAGUGUGUGUUAAGGUUUGUAUAAUUGUGCCUUCAUCAUCGAUCAGAUUUCUCUUCAGAAGAGUUCAGAGAUAGGAUCAGGAGCAUGACAGAAUAAAAAAGUCUAAUUAGACUGACGUUUGUGUUUGCUGUCAGAUACAAAUUGACAUUUUUUUCUAAAAUUAUUCAGAUGAAAGGCGGCAGAUACUUGCCUGUACUUUUUCUUUAUUGGCAUUGGGUUGUGCUGGAUUAUAUGUAUGCUUAAAGACAGGCUGAAGUGUUAUUCUAAAAUACUUCUAGAAGAGAUCACUUUUGAGGGGGGAAUUUUUGGUUUUUAAUAUUACAAGGCAUAAUUAACUGAUUUUUAAUAAAUGUAACAAGCUAAAGUAUUCCCCUAGCAGCUGCUAUUUUUUAAUUUUUAAAGUAACAGAUGAAUUCAUUGGCUGGUUAGCAAGCUGCUCAGCUAUGCUGCCUUGUCCUGGAAGAUCUUGGUUGCUUAAAUUCUCUCUGUCUGUUUUUACAUUUGAUUCAACACAUCAGUCGGAAGCAAUGGGGAUAUCUUAUGGAGUGCUCCUUUUCAGUUUUUCUAUUUUAAUGAGCGGAUGGAAGUGUUGGAUGUAUCUUAUUUUGACUUUGCAGGAGUGGCCUUAUAUGAAGCGGUUCAUAGUUUCUGGUCACCUUGGAGUCUCUGCCUUUCCCAGAUCAGUGGAACAGCGACUGUGGCAUCUAAUGUUUUACUUUAAUCCUCUGCCUCUGAUCUGGUGUUUAGUGCAGACCUUGCUAGAGCAUCCAGACCCUCGUCUGGCCCUCGUAGGGGUCAGACUCACGUCUAGACCCUCGUAAGGUCAGGUCUAGAUGAAUGCAGCGCGCUUUUCCACGGCAUCGCCCUGAGGAACGCUUGUGCACUCC